ACCAAAGGCAUCUUAUCAGCAGACGAACCUCUUUGUCCCUAAAUUCAACCUUACAUUAUCCCGAAUGGCUUCGCACCAGAAUAGGAGCUAAUAUGAAGUGCUUGUUUUGUUGCUUUUUGGCAGUAUUUCUGUUGGUAGAAGCAGCCGGAUUUUUGUUCGGUGGUGGAGAUGACAACAAUGGCCGACUAGCCUACUUUAGACUCCAUACAAGGGCAUUUGGGAAAGACUCUGUGAUAUGGAAUGACUGGGAUGGAAAGGAAAUCAAGUAUGGCGACUAUAAUCGAUUAAGGGAGUUGAAAUUCGACAACAAACUAAAAGUUGUCUUUUUUGUCCAUGGCUGGCUUGGAUCAGAAGGCAAUUGGUACAUCAUUGAUAUGUACAACGCCAUGUUAGAUACGGAAGACGUUAAUUUCUUUGCCGUUGAUUGGAGUUAUGGUUCCAACACACUUGACUACGCCCAUGCCAGACAAAAGAUGUUGGGAGGGAAAUUGCUGAUUUUGUAA